AUUUAUAAAGGGUGACACAACACACUUCGAUUGCAUCAUCUCAGAAAAAACAGACCAAAAUCUAUUUCUUUUUCUUCCCUUCACUUUUAUUUGUACGAGGUGGUACACUCUAUAUGUGUUCCUCUGAGCCUGUCUCUGUCACACACACACUCUCUACCCAAAAAGCCUAAAACGUAAAACCCAUCCUCUUUCUUCUUUCUUCAAAAUCUUCGACCUCGUCAAUUCGAUCGAAACGCGUUUCGGGGCACUUCUUCUUAUUCGCGCUCUCAUCUCAAGCAUUGCCGUAACUUUUAUGGACUAUGAAAUUCCCGACAGUAGCGUGUGCUAAAUGAUCAAGCAAGUUGGUAAAGAGCUAAAGCUGGUGGCGUAGGUAUUUUGAAGGAACUAAAUUAUAGAAGUAGUUUUCUGGGACUGAUGAUGAUCUUCCUCCCUCAAGUCAACAUAGAAUUCUAAGAGGUAGUAGUGUUGCAGGCAAUGGAAUAUCUGCUGUAGCUUCUGUUCCACACUCUAGAUUGUAUAGUGACAUGGAGGCUCAAAUUCAUCAACUUGAGCAAGAAGCAUACUCUGCUGUCUUGCGUGCUUUCAAAGCUCAGUCUGAUACACUUACUUGGGACAAGGAAGGUUUGAUUACAGAGCUUAGGAAAGAGUUGAGGGUUUCAGAUGAUGAACACAGAGAGCUUCUUACCAGGGUUGAUGCUGAUGAAAUAAUCCACUGCAUAAGGGAGUGGCAACAAACUGGCUGUUACCAACCUCCAAGACGCAGCACAUCUCAGCCUGUUCAUGACAUUUUACCUAGUCCAACUGUUUCUGCUUCCCGUAAAAAGCAGAAGACAUCCCAUUCGGGUCAGUCAUUGCCUGGUUUGUCUACAGUGAAGCCUGUACAGUACACUUCUACUGGACCAACUGGAGGUAGGUAUUUCACAAAUCGCAAUUCUUCUAAUGCUCUUGCAUCUAAUGCACCUGCUGAAGCAGCAGCUUUUGACCCAUUGAUUGGGAAGAAAGUUUGGACUAGAUGGCCUGAAGACAACCACUUUUAUGAGGCUGUCAUAACUGAUUACAACCCUGCUGAGGGCCGGCAUGCUUUAGUUUAUGAUAUUAAUAAAGCAAAUGAAACUUGGGAAUGGGUUGACCUCAAAGAGAUCUCACCUGAGGAUAUUAGAUGGGAAGGUGAAGAUAUAGGCAUAAUUCACAGAGGUGGACAUGGUGGACAAGGUCGUGGAGUUAAGAAAUUCUUUAACCGGAGUGGUGAUACUUCAGGUGCUGGAAGAGGGAGAGGACAUCCCAAGUUUCAGUCAAGAAGAGAAUUUCCCCCACCACAAAAUGGUAUUGUAAGGAGAGUUUUGGAUGACAUUGAGUUGAUGAACACAGAUUCACUGGUUAAGGAGGUGGAAAGGAUUUUUGCUGCAAGUCCUCCAGAUUCUGUGGAACUUGAGAAGGCAAAGAAAAUGCUGAAAGAGCAUGAGCAGGCACUUGUUGACGCAAUUGCAAGGAUUGCAGAUGCAUCGGAUGGUGAAAGUGCUGGAGAACAACACUUCUUGCAUGGGCAAUUAAUGGACAGGGGAUGAGAGCAUAGCAACCAGCUACAUGGAGGAGGUAAUCGUCUUUGAAGAUGAUCGUUAGCUCUCAUGGAAGUUUAAUUAUGGAUGAGUACACAUAGG